GCGCGCCGUGGAAGGAAUUAAAAAGGAGGAAGAUCAAAGAGAAGAGGGGAGCGAGCCGCCUGUAUGAAGAUGCUGAUGUGUGACCGUGGCGUCCAGAUGCUCGUGACGACGGUGGGGGCGUUCGCCGCCUUCAGCCUCAUGACCAUCGCCGUGGGUACCGACUACUGGCUGUACUCGCGCGGAGUGUGCCGCGUAAAGAGCAGCGGCGACAACGACACGAGCCGCAAGAACGAGGAGGUGAUGACGCACUCCGGCCUGUGGCGGACCUGCUGUCUGGAAGGAACAUUCAGAGGUGUUUGUAAGAAGAUCGACCACUUCCCAGAUGAUGCCGACUAUGAAGCAGACGCUGCUGAAUAUCUUCUCCGUGCUGUGCGUGCCACGAGUAUCUUCCCCAUCAUGAGUGUGGGCCUACUGUUUCUGGGGGGGCUCUGUGUGGCUGCAAGUGAAUUUUACCGAAGUCGGCACAACGUCAUCCUCAGUGCGGGAAUCUUCUUCGUCUCUGCAGGCCUCAGUAACAUCAUCGGCAUCAUUGUCUAUAUCUCAGCCAACUCAGGUGAUCCGGGCCAGAGUGACAGUAAGAAGUCCUACUCUUACGGCUGGUCCUUCUAUUUUGGUGCCCUCUCUUUUAUUAUGGCAGAAAUGGUGGGCGUGCUGGCUGUUCACAUGUUCAUCGAGAAACAUCGCAAACUACGAGCCAAAUCCCGCACAGAGCUCAUCAAAAAGUCGGCUUUCAGUCGUAUCCCUUCCUACCGCUACCGUUUCAGGCGUCGCUCCAGCGUGCGUUCAUCUGAGGCUCACAGCCGUGAUGCCUCUCCACUGGGAAAAGGUGGCUAUACGGGGCCCGCCGCUUCUGAAAUGCCUAUGUACACGCUGAACCCACGUGAGGCAGGUAAUACUGGCACCAAACCAGGUGGCGGUGUCAUGGGAGGGCUGCUUAACUCUGAAAGGGAGUUCCUUCAGAGCAGCACCCUCACUAAGGACUACAACAAGGACCCGAACCGCAGGACCACACCUGUCUGAGAGGUGCUGGGUGGAGAUUUCACACAAAUAGAGAGGUUGUUGGCGACAGAAAAUACAGGGGGGAGUGUGAGGAAAAAUGGGGUAAGGGGUGUGGAGGACACACACAAGUGUUUGAUAAACCUUGACUGUGAACUGUGAACUUGUAGCCUUUGAACUGUGAAUCCUGAGCCGUGUCAGAAGUUGAAUGUGUGUAGCAUGUUUGUUUUGAUGGGAAAGUUGUUCCUAACGCCACAUUAACCACAUAUCACUGUAGUUUUACCUGUAACUCUCUGGCACACUGUUCAAUUUAUGUUCAUAUGUUUUAUGUACAUAAAUUGAAUUUACUGCUUUUUAAAGGGGAAACGGGAUUUACCUUUUAAACAAGAUGGUUCAAAGCAUAUCGUAAGCGGUUUCCUGUUUGGGGCAACUUCUCUGUUUGGGGCAACUUCUCCUACAUGAUAUAAAACAAUUUAAGGAGAAGCAGACAGGAGUAAGAAACUAACUUUUGGUAUUGCCAUCGAUGGGAAACUGGAUCUGUUCUGGUUUGCAAACCUACUUUGGAACCAUUUGCAGCACUUUAACCAAAAACAAACUGAUUUGGAACCUGUAUCUAAAA